UCGACUGGAGGAGCCAAGAAGAAGCUCACGGCAUACAACAAGUUCAUGCAGAGUGAGAUGGCCAGGUUGAAAGAGAAGGAGCCGGAGCUCGAGCACAAGGACCGCUUCAAGAAGGCAACUUCCAACUGGAAGACCUCUAAGGAGAAUCCGAAGAAUGCAUGA